AUGGGACUCCUGCAGCAGAUAUCUUUCCGAAUAUUGCUGGUAAUUUCAACAGACGUGGGGUAUAAUUUGCAGCGCGUUGAGAGCGAGCGAAAAGAAACUGAAAGCGAAAACACGCAAGAAAUGAAGAUAACUGAUCCCGAAAGCGAAGAGUCACCUAAGAAGAAAUCACGGCUGACUGAGGAGGGAGCAAAUGAUGAUCCGCUUGAGAAAGACAGUGUUGGGCAGGGAAAAGGCAUCCGGAUCCGCAGUGACCUCACCCACGAUGAUAUCCAUCAUUUCAAGCCGCUCGCUUUUGACUUCGCCGAUAAGAAAAAGGAAGAUACCAAAGGGUAUGUGCUUGCACAAUUCACAUUCAGAAUCGGUGUAUCGCAUAAGAGAAGUACAGAAAUUGAUAUUUUGAUACGCCAUUUCUUUAUAGAAUUUUUUGUUUAG